AUGGCAGCUGGAGCAGCGGCCGCCUUGACGUUUUUGGAUCAGGAGAGCCGAGUCCGAGCUGGGGGUGUCGGAAGUCUGCAAGUCCCGGCCCCAGUCACUAUGGACAGUUUCUUUUUCGGCUGUGAGCUCUCAGGCCACACCCGCUCUUUCACCUUCAAGGUAGAGGAAGAGGAUGACGCGGAGCAUGUGCUGGCUUUGACCAUGCUCUGCCUCACCGAGGGGGCCAAAGAUGAGUGUAAUGUGGUAGAAGUCGUGGCACGGAACCAUGACCACCAGGAGAUCGCAGUCCCUGUGGCCAACCUCAAGUUGUCCUGCCAACCCAUGCUCAGUUUGGAUGACUUCCAGCUCCAACCACCUGUAACCUUCCACCUGAAGUCAGGUUCUGGCCCUGUGCGCAUCACUGGGCGGCACCAGAUUGUUACUAUCAGCAAUGAUCUUUCUGAGGAAGAGAGUGAAGAAGAUGGGAGUGAGGAGGAGGAAGCUGAGUUGUGUCCUAUCCUGCCUGCCAAGAAGCUGGGGCGCAGGCUCUAA